UUAGUUUCAUCGAGGAUAUUGCUGAUAAAGUUAGAGAAAAAGAUCGGCAUUCCUCUGAUUGAGAUUUGGGUCGGGGUUCUGAUUAAAAUUUGUAAUAAGAACAAAUCGGGGGAUUGUGCUAAUUAAUGGUGUCAUCCUUUAGGAUCCUAUUCUGCUUGCUUCUUUAUCAGUGACCUACUCGGUGGGGAUUAGAUAAGUCCCCCCCACCAAUAAAAGCUGAUGGGUGCCAACUGCCCUCACAACUUGUGUUUAAUCUACAUGCACGAGAUAUACAUAUAAUUUACCGUAAUGUAAUACAAAUUAUAUCCAACUUAAUGACUUCGAAUACGCCGCAUCAUCAUGUAAAAGCAGCGGCGAUGUUCGAAGCUCUUGCCCUAAAAGAAAGGGGGCGGUUUUGAAGGAACGCACCCGAGUUGUUGCGAUCGAGAAGGAUGGAGAAAACAGAGGAGUGAAUACGACAGGUUCUUCCAGGGAAGAUCGAGUCGGGGAAUCCGGCGAUGACGCAGGCGUGCGCGUAUUCGAUGACGCCCGACGGCGACUUUGUGAUCGACUUCCUCUGAGGCGAGUUCGGGAAGGACGUGGUGGUCGCGGUGGAUUCUCCUGACACGGAUUCAAGAUGGGGAGGAUGUUGGGAAGGUUCGUCGCAUGCUCGCAGAAAUGGCGAUCGACGGGAAGCAGAGGAAGUGGAGAUCUCGCAGAAUGGGAACGCUUCGACGAGCACGCGUCGUCUAGUGAAUUUCCUUUUUUCGACGGGGGAAACUGCAAAACUGCCGCUGUUCCCGGCAUCCUGCGGAGGAGAAAUGAUAUGCCGAUGGAAAGGAAGACACGUAACUCUCAGGAUACAUUUCCUACGUGGAAAAACAAUCGUCUUCUUCCGCCCCAACUGCUGGCAGACGAUUGCGCCGGUUGCCUUGCCGAGUGCUUGCCAAACGAUAAGCUCCGCUUGCUGGCGCAGCCCCCGGAGCAGGAUCAACGCCUUCUCCCUUUCCCUAGACGGUAUCUCCUUCUGCAUCUUCCCAUGUAUGUUUCUUUUGAAUAAAUUUCAUGGUUCAUUAUCUUGCUUAAAGGGUAACUUGGUUGCUGCGUUGAUGUGUAUUCAUAAUAGCAAAAGAAAUAUACUGAAUUUAUUUGCAUCUUUAGUUUUUGUCAAUAAUUUUUUGUUUGAAUUUAGAUGGUAAAAUUGUUAUGGAGCAAUAACUAUUAAUUAAUUGAGUAUGAUGUGCUAGUGUGGUUGAUUCGUCAAACUAAAAUGCAAUUGAUACUCCAUAAACUAGGA